UGGGUCACAUCUUCUGUUCCAGUUUCACCGGACUCAGAAGUGGACAUUGUCAGACCGGAUGAAGCGCACCUCGAGGGCGUACCACAAUUUAUCCAACAUCCAAAAUCAGUGUAUUAUACAAUGAAAGGACAUCCCGCCAUCCUGGAUUGCCUUGCCGAACCAGUAUCCCACGCAGCAGUCGUUUGCGCUGGAAAGGUUAUACCUUACAGAGGCCCAGAAGAAGAAGGAAGGCUAAAGGUGACUCGUUUAGAUGCCAACAACCAGCCAGACCCAACCGGAUCUAGAUGGCAUUUGGAGCUGCAAAUAUUUGCCAAAGAAGUGGAGGAAUGGUUUGAUUCUUACACCUGCCGGUGUGAGGCUUGGAGUAGAGUCACCAAGCUCCAACGCCCGAAGAAGGUCUUAAGCAGAGAGUCCGUGAUCAUUGAAGCAUACCUAGAACAAAAAUUCCAAGUUGAACCGAUUUCGACGAAUUUAACUGUGGGUGACAGACUCACUUUGUCCUGCGUCCCACCAAGAGGCAAACCUGAACCGGAGGUAUACUGGUUGAAGGAUGGCAUCCCAAUAAAACCAGGGACGAUGCCACAAAUCCUGAUGAACGACUACAAUCAGCUAAUCAUCGAGAACGCCACUGAGCAUGACAGUGGAAACUAUACCUGCGUAGCCGAAUGUUUGGCUGUGGAAUACCGCUUUGCUCAGUCGACAGUGAAAGUGAUCUCAAAAAAUAGGCAUGUUUCCCAACGUACAAAACACGAUGUUUGGCAAGAAUGGAGUGUGUGCUCUUGGACUCUUAUUUCGGACGCGACCGACCCAAAACUCACUAAAAACGUUUGCCAGCAAACGCGAUUGCGAAGCUGUUUUGUUAAACUGUCCGCCCUUAUACCUCUGUCCCUGGAGACCGACCCGGUUGUUAAAGAACAAUCAGUCCAGUCUACUUGCCCAUUACCAUUUGUACAGAAAAGGAACUGCUCAUCCAUUUAUUGUCCCAGAUUGACUAUGACAUGGAUGUCUCAAACUGACGACAUUGUGUUGAACAAGGGUACAGCAGGAAAUUGGAGAGAGAUGACAGCGGUGGCGCUCUAUGGUGGAUCCGUCCUCUUCCUGAUAGUACUACUUGCAGCUGUGGGAUUGCUUCUUGUCAAAAAACAGCAACUCAAACGGUCUGCGUUCUAUCAGUACGCUUCUUCGUGCUGCGCCAAAGAUUCGGCGUUCACAAAACGUGGAAAACAGAUGGAUUUAAGGAUAGAUGGUGAUUCUAUUGGAACCGUACUUCAAGUUGAUAAAAGGAAAACGUCAUCCAAAUGUUCGUCAAAGCCGGAUAUCCUUGUUCACACAAAUCACCAUACAGACUGGUAUAGAAAUGAAGAAGCCAGCACACAAUGGCCUACAGAUUCAUCUUCCUUACUCCGAUCAAUCUCACAAUCACCUACAAAGUCCCAUGGAAAAAACAGCCUUCUCAAAUGUGACCAACCGACUACUCAAUUGAUGGAUGGUACAAUUACCUGCGGUGUGCAGGCUUCUGUUGAAACUCAGGAUCAGUAUUGUGUAUACAGUGUGCCACAGUUUCACCCGUGA